AUGACUGCACAAGAAGAGAAGUUCUCAAUUACAGUUGGUGAAGGUAGAAGUUCCAUUAUUGUUCCAGCAAAGAAGUUCCGUCACCUAGCACUAAACGGCCAGAGUGACAGGAAGUUAGAUAAAUGGGUGGACCUUUCAGGUAUCAGGUCGCUGACAGUGUUUAAGAAACCAUCUGAAUGCAUUGCUUCACUUAUUUGCUCCUCCCAAAUGAAGACACUGAGAAUUUUAGAUUUCUCAAAAGCUAGCCCCAGAAUCACCCAGCAGGACAUAAGACACAUUGGUGAACUGUUCCAUUUAAGGUACUUGAAUCUUUACAAAUCAAGCAUUCGGGAGCUUCCUCCUUGGAUCGGUAUGUUACCAUUCCUCCAAUUUCUUAACUUGAAGAAGACGAAGAUCACAAGCCUUCCUAGCGAGAUCACUCAACUUGAGAGGCUACAGAUUCUUCGUGCUAGCAGCUGCUCAUGUAAUCCAUCGGAAGGUGUACUGAUACCAAAGGGUAUGGAGAACCUAGCAGACAUAGAAUGGCUGGAUAUAGUGGACGUUAAUGGCAGCACCGACUCAGCAACCAAAGCUCUGUGGAAGCUAACUCGGUUGAAGCACCUAGGACUGACAGGCCUUACACAGAGGAACAGCGAAGAAGUCUCCGAAAUCCUGACAAAGCUUUCCCCUUCACUGAUGUACCUGUAUCUUGGAGCACGUCGAAGGAAUAAUGGGACACUCGAGUAUCUUCCCACGAAGAUGGCAUCGCUGCAGUUCCCACGCCUGGAAACCAUAAAACUGGACGGUCAUAUCGGAAAGAUGCCUGAAUGGAUUUCUCAUUCGCUGACACUUUCCGUGGUAAAAUUGUACAGGACCAAUCUGCAGCAAGAUGAUGUAGAUGGCCUGGACAGAAUACGCAGCCUGACUACCCUUUCUCUCCUGGACAGUUCUUACAUCGGCCAGCAGUUGUUUUUCUACGCAGGAAGCUUUGCAGCGCUCAAAAGGCUGGAUCUUGUAGGAUUACCCAAUCUGCUGGUAGUGAAGUUCAGGGAGACAGCAAUACGCCGGAUUCGGCAACUGAUCGUCAAGUCAUGCACGUUGAGAUUGUUCGUCAGAAAGGACCUACUAGAAAGACUCCGGGUUUUUCGUACUGAUGAUAGUGCUGUCAAAGUGGAAGAGACUGAGUAG